GCGUAUGCCUACGAGUAUCUGGGCAACACAGGCAGACUGGUCAUCACUCCACUGACCGACAGGUGCUACAGAACACUGAUGGGAGCCCUACUCCUGAAUCUGGGCGGUGCCCCCGAGGGACCGGCGGGUACAGGGAAGACAGAGACCUCUAAAGAUCUGGCUAAAGCCGUGGCCAAGCAGUGCGUGGUGUUUAACUGCUCAGAUGGGCUGGACUACAAAGCCAUGGGCAAAUUCUUCAAGGGUCUGGCCCAGUCAGGGGCGUGGGCAUGCUUUGAUGAGUUCAACCGUAUUGAACUUGAGGUGUUGUCUGUGAUAGCCCAGCAGGUCCAGACCAUACAGAGGGCUAUAGCUGAACAGGUUCAGCUGUUUAUGUUUGAGGGGACUCAGAUCAGACUCGACCCCACCUGUACCAUCUUCAUCACGAUGAACCCUGGGUACGCGGGGCGAGCAGAGCUUCCCGACAACCUGAAAGUAUUAUUCCGAACUGUAGCCAUCAUGGUCCCAGACUAUGCUAUGAUUGCGGAGAUUUCUCUGUACUCUAUGGGAUUUGUGGAUGCCCGCAGUAUGUCCACUAAGAUUGUGGCCACGUACCGAUUGUGUUCAGAACAACUGUCUUCCCAGCAUCACUAUGAUUAUGGCAUGAGGGCCGUCAAGUCAGUGCUGACGGCCGCCGGGAAUCUGAAGCUGAAAUACCCAGAACAUCGAGAGGAAGUCCUGGUGCUUAAGUCCAUCAACGAUGUCAAUCUUCCAAAGUUUUUGUCCCAUGAUAUUCCCCUGUUCCAAGGCAUCAUUUCUGACUUGUUCCCUGGAGUAGAUCUUCCAGAGGCGGACUACGGUCAACUGGAGGAGGCCCUGAAAGAGCACAUCUUAAAACGAAAACUCCAAGCGGAAGGAUGGUUCAUUGAGAAAAUUAUCCAGAUUUAUGAUAUGAUCCUGGUACGACACGGUCUGAUGAUUGUUGGGGAUCCCCUUGGGGGGAAGACCUCAGCCUUUAAGAUCCUGACUGAGGCCCUUCAUGUAAUGCAUGACAAAGGACUCAUGGAGGAAAACAAGGUGAUAUACUCCAUAAUUAAUCCCAAGGCCAUCACCAUGGGACAGUUGUAUGGUAGAUUUGAUCCUGUCUCCCAUGAAUGGUUUGAUGGUGUUCUGGCUAACACGUUCAGGGAGCAUGCCUCUAACACAUCUCCAGACAGGAAGUGGAUUAUUUUUGACGGACCGGUGGAUGCAGUGUGGAUUGAGAACAUGAAUACGGUGCUUGAUGACAAUAAAAAGCUGUGCCUGAUGAGUGGAGAGAUUAUCCAGAUGAACAACACACAGAACAUGAUCUUUGAAGCCAUGGACCUUGAGCAGGCAUCCCCCGCCACAGUCAGCAGAUGUGGUAUGAUUUACAUGGACCCAUUACAGCUGGGAUAUAAUGCUUUAAUCAAGUCCUGGAUGGAGUAUGAACUCCCUAAUAACCUCACAUGGGAACAGAAAGACACCAUCAAGAUGCUGUUUGAGUGGAUGCUGGAGCCGUGUUUGAAUUUUGUGUCCAAGUAUUGUAAAUGUCUUCUGACGUGUCACCCAAUGCAUCUGACAGCCAGCAUGCUGAACCUCUAUAGCUGUAUGAUGGAGGAUGUCAGAAGACUUGGUUUGGACGAUGAUGAAGAGGAAGAAGAGGCCUUUGUGGAGGAGGACGAAGAAGGAGGAGGUGGAAUGGACUCUGAUGAUGAGGGCUCCAAGGAGAAGUCCCUCACAGACCAGAAAAUCAUCGAGGAAAGGACGGCCAUGCUGAUCGCCUACUUCUUCUUCUCCAUGGUUUGGUCCAUUGGGGGUACACUGGACGCCAACUCCCGCACCAAGUUCGAUGAAUUCUUCAAGGGGCUUUGUGACAUGGAUGGAACCACCUCAAAAUAUCCAAGGGUUGGAAAAAAGAUAGAAAAACCCAAAGAUCUGAAAUUCGCCAACAAUCUGAAGAUACCAAAGAACGGCUCUGUGUACGACUUUGUCUACUUGAGGAAGCAGUACGGGUCGUGGUACAAGUGGACCAAUCUAAUUACUCCGCUCAACAUCGACGAGAAAGCAAAGAAAGACAGAGAUCUACGCAUCAUGAUUAACGAGUUAAUAAUUAACACGGUGGAGACGGAGCGACAGAAGUAUUUCCUGGAGCGCUUCCUGAUGCAGGACAAGCCCCUGCUAUUUGUGGGGCCCACGGGUACGGGGAAGUCAGCCAUCACCAAUAGUUAUCUCCUCCAGCUACCCAAGGACAAGUACAUCAUCAGCAAUAUUAACUUCUCAGCUCAGACCUCGGCCAAUCAAACGCAAGAUAUCAUCUUCUCCAAACUUGAUAGAAGGAAAAAGGGUGUGUAUGGUCCAACCCUGGGAAAGAAACUCAUGGUCUUUGUGGAUGACCUGAACAUGCCGGCCAAAGAGAAAUAUGGAGCCCAGCCCCCAAUAGAAAUCCUCCGACAGUGGAUAGACCAGGGCUACUGGUUUGACAGGAAGGACACCAGUAUACUGGAACUAGUGGACAUUGUUAUGGUCUCCGCCAUGGGGCCACCAGGCGGUGGCAGGAACAAUGUGACACCGCGGUUCCUCAGACAUUUUAAUAUCAUCGGCAUUGAGUCCUUUGAUGAGGACACUAUGAAAAAUAUUUUCUCUCCUAUCAUUGAGUGGCAUUUCAGGACUUUUGAAAAUUCAUUAAGGAAAUUUUCAAGGAUAAUUCUGACCAGUACACUAGAGAUAUACAACAAUGCCAUAGCUAACUUCCUGCCCACACCCUCUAGGUCACAUUACGUCUUCAACCUCCGAGAUUUCUCUCGUGUCGUUCAGGGGGUCCUGCUCCUGAAGCCAGGGGUGGUGUCGGAAGGUAGCAUGGAGAACGGACAGAAGAUCGUCAGACUGUGGGUCCACGAGGUCUACAGAGUGUUUUAUGACAGGCUUAUCAACGAAGAGGAUCGUGAAAUGUUCUUCAAGAUGGUCAAAACUUGUGUGGAGAGUCAGUUCAAAGAGAAGAUAAACACACUGUUCUCUCACAUCAUGGCCGACUCGUCUAAAGGGGUCACUGAUGACGAUAUCAGAAGUCUGAUGUUCGGAGAUUAUCUGUCAAAGGGCAAGGAGGAGAAAUAUUACGAUGAAAUACUCAACCUCAGUGACCUCAAAGAGGCCAUUGAGAUGUACCUGGAGGAGUACAACAUGAUGUUUAAGGCUCCUAUGAAUCUAGUCAUGUUCAGAUUUGCCAUAGAGCACAUCUCCCGAAUCAGUCGAGUUCUCAAGCAGCCCAGCGGUCACUGUCUACUUGUUGGUAUUGGUGGUAGUGGGAGGCAGAGUUCUUCACGCUUGGCUGCUUUCAUGUCGGACUUUGAACUCUUCCAAAUUGAGAUCACCAAGAACUACACCACCUCAGAAUGGAGGGAGGACCUGAGACGCCUCAUGAGGCGGGCGGGAGACGAGGGUACCUCCAUGGUGUUCCUGUUUGGAGACCACCAGAUUAAAGAUGAGUCUUUCCUGGAGGACAUUAACAUGAUACUGAACACUGGAGACAUCCCUAACCUGUACGACAAUGAAGAGAGACUGGAAAUUAUUGAAAAGAUGCAGCAGUUGGCCCUGCAGCAGAACUUACAGAUAGAGAUGACUCCCCUGAAUAUGUACAACAUGUUUAUAGAGCGUAUCCGGCGUAACCUUCAUGUGGUCCUGGCCUUCAGUCCUAUUGGAGAUAACUUCAGGAAUAGGAUCAGGAUGUUUCCCUCCCUCAUCAACUGCUGCACCAUCGACUGGUUCAAGCCUUGGCCAGAGGAUGCUUUGGAGUUGGUGGCCAACAAGUUCUUAGAGGACGUGGAGAUGUCAGACGAAGUGAGGACCCAGACAAUCUUCAUGUGUAAACAUUUCCAUCAGAGUGUCAGAAUGCUGUCAGAAAGGUAUUAUGAAACAAUGAGGCGUCAGAAUUAUGUCACCCCCACAUCAUACCUAGAACUGAUCAAAACCUUCAAAAGCCUGCUAGACCAGAAAAGAAUGGAGAUUCUGACCCUGAAAAAUCGCUACAUAGUGGGAUUGGAAAAGUUAGAGUUCUCAGAAAAUCAGGUCAGUAUCAUGCAACAGGAGUUGGUGGAGCUUCGGCCCAAACUGGUGCAAACGAGUAAAGAGACCGCGGAGCUGAUAGAGUUCAUCAGCAAAGAGAGCGUGGAGGUCGAGGCUGUCAAAAAGGUGGUAGAGGCGGACGAAGUGGUGGCCAAUAACGCAGCCAUGGAGGCCAAGGCCAUCAAGGAUGAAUGUGAAGCCAAACUGGCGAUCGCCAUGCCAGCCCUGAAUGCAGCUAUCUCUGCCCUGGACACCCUGAAACAGAACGACAUCUCUCUAGUCAAGGCCAUGGCUAACCCCCCUAAUGGUGUCAAACUCGUCAUGGAGUCUGUCUGUAUCAUGAAA